CAGAGUACUCCGUUUGUUUCAAUGGAUAUCCCGAGAGUGCUUAGGAUUGAUACUGUUGGUCGUUAAAGGAAAUGACUUUGCAUCUGUCAUAGGCCAUUCAAAACCGAAUUCAUAUCUUCUAUUAAUUUAUAUCUAGUAGUUAUUAAAAUAGGAGAAUGUUCAUUUUAGAAGAAAAUUAAAUUAAGAAGAAAAAGAACAAAGGGUACAAAUGUAAAAUAUUAAAUAGUUUUUUCUCUCAACUUAUUUAUUAUUAUCUUUGACUAUUUAACUAGUCAUAAAAACUAUCAUCCUUCAUACUUAAAUUUUUGCUUACAGUUACACACAUCAAAAUUUAUCCUACACGUUUUGAAAUUUAUCUUACAGAACUCGUAAUUCACCCUACACACCUCGUAACUUAUGCUACACUUUAAAUUAUAUAUUUUUUCUUUUUUUGAAAAGUAUGUUUUUUUUUAUAUUAAGUUACAAAUUUAAUGUAGUUAGCUAUUAAAAAGGAAGACUACCAAUUAAUGAUUCAUCUAAGUUUAUCAAUAUAGCCUUACACUAAUACUAAAUAAAAAAAAUGAAAUGAAGUAAAUGAAGCAUUCUUAUUAGUUGAAACUUCUUUUUUAUUCUUACAAAAAAUUUCUUCUCAUUUGAAUUCCCCACUAUUAAAAUAUCCGAUUAUCUUUUAGCUAUCCAAAUCAAAUACAAUAAUUUUGUUUUUAAGAUGUCACACAAUACCUUUUGUUUGAGUCACCUCAAUUAAAUAUAAAAUUCGUUAUUUAAGGGAUCAAACAAAGACCUCAAAUAUCUCUAUUGAUAAAUAUAUAAUCUUUGGAGACUCAGGAAACUCUACAAUGCCCAUGAACGUUCUCAUUAGAACAAUAACUAUAAUGAAAGACUCACGUACUUGACUUUUGAUCUAUUCAAGUAAAAGUUUUUGAAAAAAAAACCUGAAAAAAAAUCAAAUUAUUUAAUAACUUACUAAAUCACGCAAAAAGUCAUUAAAUUUGACUUAUUUGUUCUUACGUCAAUAAAUCUCAUUUAAAAGUGCAUUGUGCAAAAGAUAUAAACCCACAAUACUUCUGUAAACGGCAAACACCAUACCACUAGACUACUAGGUCAUCGGGAAAUUUUUAUCCGUCUAAAAUUACUUUUUUUUUUAAUUGGAUAAAUAUGACAUGAUAGUUCGAUUUCAACUUUCAAAUGGUCCAAAGUUUAAAAAACCAAACUACAAGGACCAAACCUACAAACAACCAAAAGACCAUUUCUGCAAUUCACACACUAUUUAUACUUGUAUCUUCAGCAACAGAUAUAUACCCUAACUCAGAUAUUAUUAAUCUUUUCUUUCACAUAUAUCUUCUUCAUCCUCUUCUUCUCAACUCAAUAACUUGUUCUGCAAACUUUCACCGAUGGCGACACCUGAUCAGGAAUCAAUCAACACAUUCAUCAAUAUCACCGGUGCAUCUGAAUCGAUCGCCAUACAAAAACUCACGGAACAUGGUGGUGAUCUCAAUGAGGCUGUCAAUGCACAUUUCACCGAAGGAGAUAGAACCACAAGACACGAAACGUCUGUUGCUGCUCCACAAGAUGAUUUCAUGGACAUAGAAGAUCCAUUUCCAAGUGCAUCUCACCGACCCGGUUUCCCACCUUUUCCUUUAGCUAGAGAUAUGAACCCAUUCUCUCUUCUUGACCCGAACUUCACCAGAAGUAUAUUCGAUAGUGGACCACGGGUUAGAACCGGUGAACCAUUCGUCUCCCAUCCAAGAGAGGUGAGACAGAUUCCCAUUGAGGUCAAGGAUGGGCCCAGCUCCACUACAGAAUCAGAACGUUCUGGACAUGCUCCGAGAAUCGAGGAUGUCACUGACACUGCAACCGAACAUGUCCCGGAAACUCGUGGGGUCGUGAUUGUUGAUGAAGAUGAUAAUGACGACGAUGAUAGUUUUCCAACUUCUGGUUUGAGACCGAGCGCUCCACAAGCUGCUGAUUUACCUGAUUAUGGCAUUGAAGAAGAAAUGAUUCGGGCUGCUAUUGAAGCUUCCAAACAGGAUUCCCAGAUGGGUCUAGGAGAUGAAGCUUUACCGCAACCAAGGCAAUCUCAGUUGGAGGAUCCGGAAUUGGCACAAGCAGUCUCUUUAUCUUUAAAGACUGCUGAGCAAGAGAAAGCUUUACGCCAACAAGGAUCUGAAGUGGGACCAUCAGAACCCAGGGGUUCAAAGUCGGUUGAGGUGGAAGAAAUGGAGACGUUGACAUCAUUAAACGGAAGGGUGGAAGCUGGGAGCUCAUCGUUUCCAGAUGAAGUUGAAGAAGCAGAAGAACAACCUCUGGUUAGAAACAGGAGUCGACUUAUACCUUCUCGGUCUAUUGAUUCUGCUGAAGACGUUGAAGAAGUAGACCUAAACUUAUCAUCUGGUCUUCAACAACCACCAAAUAUCAAUCACCCUGCGAACAAUAGGAGUGACUUCCCAUCUGACGAAUGGGGAGGCAUCUCAUCUAUGGAACAUGAUGAAGCAGUCAUGCUUGAGGCUGCUAUCUUUGGCGGAAUUCCUGAAGGGAGUGGAUAUCGUGUACCAUUUGCACCUCAUCAAUACAUGCAGAAUGGCUUAGAUGGAAAUCUUGGACCGUAUCCUAGGUCAACACCUCGUCCUCCAUCACCGUCUCUAACUGCUCAGCGCUUAAUAAGAGAACAACAGGAUGAUGAGUAUCUUGCGGCAUUGCAAGCUGACAGAGAAAAGGAGUUACUAGAGCAGUCGGCUAAAGAAGCUGCUAUGGAAGAAGAAAGGCGUAAGGAAGAAGAAGCACGCAUAAAGCUAGAAGAAGAACAGGAACUGGAGAGGCAGUUAGCAGGAAAAGAAGCAUCCCUUCCUCAGGAACCUGCAUCUGAUGAUGAAAACGCUGUCACGCUUCUUGUGCGCAUGCCCGAUGGAAGCCGUCGUGGACGCAGAUUUCUCAGGACUGACAAGUUACAGCAUCUCUUCAGCUUCAUUGAUGUUGCCCGAGUGUUCAAGCCUGGCACAUACAGAUUGGUGAGACCCUACCCUCGCCAGGCAUUCAGUGACGGGGAAAGUAACUUAUCGUUGAAUGAACUUGGUUUGACUAGCAAACAAGAGGCGUUAUUUCUCGAGCCUAUUUAAAAUAUGGUAUCAAAAUAGUUUAUUGCUCAGAAAACAUAGAUACUUAAAUUACAUAUAAACUUUGUUCAUGGUUCAAGGGUUGUGGUCUAUUGGUUGGUUUCUACAAGUCGUGGAGCUUGAUUGUCCGAGCUAUUAGACGGUUUGGGCUGGGUUUGUGAUAACUUUUGUAUUUACAUAUUUCUUCUCUGGUACUUUUAUAUGACACCAGUUCUCGUAUUUUAAAUGGUUGGUCUAAUCUGC